AUGCAACGAAUAGAAUAUAACAGAACAAAAAUUACCGAAAUUCUGAAAGAACAAGAAAUGGAAACAAUUUUUCCAACUUAUCUUAUGGACCUGUUAGCCUAUAAUGGCUAUAUUACAUAUGAAACCAUAAGUUCAUUGGAAGAAAACGAAAUUAAACAGCUUGAAAGCUUCGGACGGGAUAUUUUGCCUAAAUUAUUAUCUAGCCAACAAGAAAAAGAUUUCUUUUUUGGAAUAUUUUCAAAAGAAACAACUUUGUUUUAUAUAGUUGCUGGUGACAGAAAGACCUUAGAAAUAUUGAGCGAAAAAUGUAAGUUACACAUAAAAGGAAGAACUAAAUUAGGUAACAAGUCGGACGUAAGGUCAGGCGGCUCUACCGGAAUGCUAAGAUCAAAAGAAAGCCGGAAAAAAAACAACAUACAGAUAAAAUCCUUCAAUAAAACGAUCUUUCUUCGGAUAGGAAUCAGAGUAGAAAUUCAGGUGGACGAAAUAAAUCUUUUAUCAAAAAAAGCCAGGUGUCUUCGUCUGGUCAAAAACAAAUUAAUUUUUUUUUUAAAAACGCGAGAAGAAACGUUUCCAUUAGAACCUUCAGCCUCGAUAUCAGCAGUUGAUGACAACCAAGGUCAGGACUCGGAUGAGGUUGACGACGAUAUUGCUAUAUUGGACUUGCCAACAGAAAGCAAUCAUGCCUCCAAUGAAUCAGAUCAAAAUUUUGUGGAGAACAGAUUCACACCUGAGGAGGCAGCUACUGAGAACCUGCCAAUUACUGCAAUAUCCACGAAAAGUACUACUAAACAAGAGACUAAACACCAAAGUGAGUUUGAAAAUGAGACCUUGGACGAAAAUGAUUCAGAAAAUGGAGCUUUUGAAGCAACCACAGAAAGCACCGUAGAUUUCUCGGUAGAUUUGUUUACCGAAAAAUAUUAUGCUGUUUGUUAUCCUGGAUUGUGGUACAUUGGCAGAAUAACCAAAAUUGACGCUGCACCAAAGACCCAAGAAGCAUGCCCUUCAGAGAGAAAUCAACCAUCGACUUCGUCCGUUAAACCAACAAUAACAAACUGCUUCAAGAAACUACGAGGGUGGGACAUUAAUUCCUCAUCAGCUCAAGAUUAUCACUAUCGAAUUGGUAAAAUGAUUGCCGUUGACAACCAACCGUUCAGUAGCCUCAACGUCUCCACAGAGAUAGUAAGGUGCAACUCUCUAAACGCAAACAAAAAGAGAAAAAACAUAGAUACCUCAUUUGGUAGUAACGAGGGGUACAAGAUCAAAGAAAGCUCAGAGGUCUUCGUUCUUAGAGAAGCCUUAGGGGAAAUAACCAGGUUAGGAAAAACACUGAGCGAGCACAUGAAGCAGAACACAAAGCGGAAAGUCAGGGACGUAUCUGUAAGACUGAAUAGACAGGUGGAGAUCAUAAACAGAAGGAUUGUACAGAGCUGGCUAGAGAAUCACAGGUAUGAAAGAUAUGAAAAAAUGAUGAUAGACGCGGACAUACAAAUCGAAAACAUGGACGAGCAAGAAAACGGGAAGAUUAUGAUUGAAUAA